ACGUCUGUUCCAUUUGUAACCAAUCACGUGACUGUGACAUCAAAGGUCCUAAAACUAUUAAUAUUUACAACACGUAUUCCAUUUGUAACUGGUCACAUGACUGUGACAUCACCAAAGGUCCUACAGUUCCUAGGAUGUUGCCCCUGCAUAUCAGGAUUGCUCAGGCCUUUGCCCCUCUAGGACAAUCCGUGCUCUCAAGGACAGCUUUUCCAUCAGAGACUUGGAGCAUUAGAGCAUUACCUCUGGGUAAAGGAAGAAUUUGAGAUUUUGUGUAGCCUGGAUGACCAGAGUGUGGAGGUCCAGGACUCUCACAGCUGAAGUUUUCCAAUGAAGUACAAUGGUCCUUAUCACCAAUGACCGACCAAGGAUGGACGAUGCCAGAAACCACAUGUCUGGGAGGAUAUUAGACCUCACCCUGGAGAUAAUCUACUGGAUCACUGGAGAGGAUUACACAGUAGUGAAGAAGUCGUCUGGUGAGUGUGUGACCCCCCGUGUGUCAGGAGGGCGGGGCAGGAUUCAGAGCCCCGCCCCCGAGGAGCCUCCACCUCAUUCACUGAUACAUGAGCAGAAGAUCCUAGAACUUACCUCCAGGAUCACUGAGCUGCUGACUGGAGAGGUUCCUAUAAGGUGUCAGGAUGUCGCUGUCUAUUUCUCCAUGGAGGAGUGGGAGUAUUUAGAAGGACACAAGGAUCUGUACGCAGACAUAGUCAUGAUGGAGGAUCAGCAGCCCCUCACAUCACCACUGGAUGGAUCCAGUCAGAGAAAUCCCCCAGAGAGAUGUCCCCGUCCUCUAUAUUCCCAGGAUUGUAAAGAGGAAGAGCAGAAUGUCCCUGUGGAUCAGUCGGUCAUAUAUAAUAUACAGGAAAGUGAUGGAGGAACAAUGGAUGGACCGGAUGUCUUGGUGUCAGUGGAUGGCGACACCUGUAUGAGCGGUUUCCAUGGACGUCCCCAUUUAUCUCCCUAUUAUGAAGGAGAAGAUAACAAUACCACACAAGCUAAGGUAAUAAGUUCUGACGUCCCUUUAGACAGCAGUGAUCUAUCCACCGAUACCGCCGGUCAACGCGAACCGUCUUCUCAUCGAUCUCCGAUCAGCAAAGAAAGAACUAAAAAGAGGCCUUUGAUGGAUGAAGGAGUUAAUAGAGAUAAAAGUCCAUUUGUCUGUUCAGAAUGUGGGAAAUCUUUUCCCAUGAAAUGUAAUCUUGUUUCACAUCAGAAAAUUCACGCAGAAGAAAUACCAUAUACAUGUUCAGAAUGUGGGAAAUGUUUUACCCAAAGAUCAAGCAUUCUUAAACACCGGAGAUCUCACUCAAGGAAGAGGCCGUAUUUAUGUACAAUAUGUGGGAAAUGUUUUAACUAUAAAUCAGUUCUUGUUGACCAUCUAAAAAUUCACACAGGUGAAAAGCCGUUUACUUGUACCGAAUGUGGAAAAUCUUUCAGUCAAAAAGCACAUCUUAGGUUACAUCAAAGAACUCACACAGGGGAGAAGCCGUUUCCAUGUCCUAAUUGUGGAAAGUGUUUUGUUAAGAAAUCUGAUCUUCUGGCACAUCAAAGAUGUCACACAGGGGAGAGGCCAUUUUCAUGUUCCGAAUGUGGGAAAUGUUUUACCUGGAAAACAAGUCUCAUUCAGCAUCAGAAAAUUCACACUGGAGAGAAGUCAUUUUCAUGUCCUGAAUGUGGGAAAUGUUUUAGUCAGAAAUCAAAUCUUACAACACAUAUAAGGAUACACGUAGGGGAGAAGCCAUUUUCAUGUUCAGAAUGUGAAAAACGGUUUAAUACUAAAUCACGUCUUGUUGAACACCAGAGAACUCACACAGGGGAGAAGCCAUUUUCAUGUCCUGAAUGUGGUAAAUGUUUUAGUAAUAAACCCAGUCUUAUUACCCAUCGAAGAGUUCACUUAGGAGUUGAUGGACGCGAAAGUCCAUUUGUCUGUUCAGAAUGUGGGAGAUCUUUUCCCAGGAAAUGUAAUCUUGUUUCACAUCAGAAAAUUCACACAGCGGAAAUACCAUAUACGUGUUCAGAAUGUGGGAAAUCUUUUACCAAAAGAUCAAAUUUUGUUAAACACAAAAAAAUUCACUCAGGGGUGAAGCCAUAUUCAUGUACAACAUGUGGGAAAUGUUUUAACAGGAAAUCAAUUCUUGUUGACCAUCUAAAAACUCACACAGGGGAAAAGCCGUUUACAUGUACCGAAUGUGGGAAAUGUUUUAGUCAGAAAGCACAACUUUGGAUACAUCAAAGAACUCACACAGGGGUUAAGCCGUUUUCUUGCCCUGAAUGUGGAAAGGGUUUUCUUAAGAAAUCAGAUCUUCUUGCACAUCAAAGAUGUCACACGGGGGAGGAGCCAUUUUCCUGUUUAGAAUGUGGAAAAGGUUUUAAGUGGAAAUCGAGUUUUGUUCAACAUCAGAAAAUUCACACGGGAGAGAAGUCAUUUUCAUGUCCUGAAUGUGGGAAAUGUUUUAGACAGAAAUCAAAUCUUACGACACAUAUAAGGAUACACUUAGGGGAGAAGCCAUUUUCAUGCUCGGAAUGUAAGAAACUGUUUAAUACUAUAUCGUGUCUUGUUGAACACCAGAGAACUCACACAGGGGAGAAGCCAUUUUCAUGUCCUGAAUGUGGUAAAUGUUUUAGUAAUAAACCCAGUCUUAUGACACAUCAAGAAGUUCACUCGGGGUAGAAGCUAUUUUCAUGUUUAGAGCUUCUACUCUGUGUAUAUUCAAAGGUAUAGACCCGUGAUUGCCAAAGGGGCGAUAUUGAUCCAGCUUUCCAGAUGAUGGGCUGCCAACAAAGCAAAUUGUAUUUUUGUUUUAAUAAAAUAUUUUUAUACUUUUUUUUUUUUGUACAUUUCAGUUUUUUUCUAGUGCAAAAAUCACAUUCCAGAGCUGGUGAAGACUAAAACCUCCGCCUGUGUACAGAUAUAAGUUUUAGUAAAUAUGGCAGGUGUGCGAGGCCCAUUCCUUCUAUAACUAGUCCCCACCAGCUCAGUUGGAGAGGGCAGCGUAAAACCCCAAAAAUACCAAAGCAUAAAUGAAUGAUAAAGUCUCCCAAAUAUGUAUGUGUGUAUUUGCAGCAGAGCUGUGUAUGUAGGGAGGUCAGGGGUGUGGAAAUUUUAUAAAAAACUACUUGUCCACGGGACUAACAUGGAGCAAAAUCUACUUGUCCCUCAUGACGAUCCACUUGUCCCGGCCAAUUUUCGCUUUUACGCUCUGAUUUUUUUCUUUCUCGCCCUUACAUCUUUGCAAAACAAUAGUUUUUCUAAAAAUCAAAUUUUAUUGAAGAAAACUGCCACCGAAAAUCCCAUCACUAGGGGUCCCCAUACCUCCGGGGACACUGAUGAGUCUGACAGCAUGAGGGUGUCCAGGGGUCAUGGACACGAGAUGGCUGAUUGAGAAGGAACACAGCCUGCAACAACACUGCUUUAACACAGAGUUUUAACAAAUAUGUGCCUCCAGCUGUUGCAAAACUACAACUCCAAGCAUGCCUGGACAGUGAAAGGAUGUCUGGGCAUGAUGGGAGUUGUAGUAUUGCAAAAUCUGUAGGCAAACAGCUGAAGGCAACACUACUGUAAAAAAAAAAAAAAGUUAUCCAAACACUGUACCUCCUACUAUUUCAAAACUACAAGUCCCAGCAUUAUAGGACUGGCAAAGGAUGACACACAUGAAUGACACAGGGAGAUUUAAGUUAUACACUCACCAUAUUGUCUUUGGUGGUAGAGUACAGGCAAUCUCCAAUAAUCAUUGUGUGUGUGUGUACAGAAUGAAACCAGAGAGGGUUACAGAGCAGGGCUGCCAGGCUCCCAAGAGCAGUGAGUCAGCAGAGUGAGUGAGAGGGAGGAGUCAUCACAGUGCAAUCACAGGUCUGCAAGAUAAUCCAAUAAAAGGAUUCAAUAAUAAGCAAGAUAAUCCAAUAAAGGAUCUCCCCACUGGGGUUCGCGAUGUCACGGCCACAUCCCCCUUGAUCUUGCACGAGGCACCCGUUUGUAAUCAGUCCCCGGAGCGUGUUCGCUCCGGGUCUGAUUACC